AUGCUUCAAGAUGCUGAAACAGAUGAUAAUGAUGAUGAAGUAUUUUUAUCUCCCUCACAAACCGCUUCCAAAUUAAACAAUGAGAGUCGAGAACAUUUAUUUGAUCGACUCUUAUAUUUUAAUGUUUCUGCUAAGAACGCUAAAGCUUAUAUCCAUUGUGAUAAUCCUUAUAUCAUUGAGGAUUCGUUCCCUGCUGACAAAUCUGGAUCUCGGCCAUCAAGUGGUGCUACAGUUAAAAACUGCCGUACUACUUCAGACAGUGAAGAAUCAAGACGGAAGUCUUCCAGUUCAAGCUCAGUGUGUGCCAAUUAUCAAGAACUGGAGGUGACCCAUCGAGGAAUGCACCGGUUUAUACCUCGCCAUUCAGAUGAACUUGCCAUUGAAAUUGGAGAUCCUAUUCAUGUUAAAAUUGAAGAUGAUGAUUUGUGGUGUGAAGGUGUAAAUUUACGAACAGGCCACAAAGGAAUAUUCCCAUCUAUGUAUGCAACAGAUUUACAAUUUUUAGAGGAAGAGGAUGAUGAUAAUGUCAAGAAAUUUCAAGUAAAGUUUCUUGGCUCAUUAGAAGUUAAUUGCCACAAAGGAACAGAAGUAAUAUGUCAGGCUAUUAAUAAGAUUGCAUUGACUAGGAGAUCAACCCUUUCAUCCACACCUCCUCCAUCAUGUUGUUUGGAAGUCAGUGACUAUGGAAUUAGAAUGAUUGAUAAGAGUAAAACUGUGCAUGAAAGUGAUGCCCAUUUUUCAAACUUUUUUGCUCUAAAAAAUAUCUCAUAUUGUGGCUAUCAUCCAAGAAAUGAAAGCUAUUUUGCCUUCAUUACAAAGCAUCCCAGAGAAUACAGAUUUGCUUGCCAUGUAUUUCUUGGUGACCAUUCUACUCGUAGCAUUUCAGAAGCUUUGGGACAUGCUUUUAAGAGGUUCUACAGAGAAUAUAUGGCAUUUACCCAUCCCACUGAAGAUAUCUAUCUUGAAUGA